ACCGUACGGUAAGAGAGAGGAGAGAGAGUGUGUUCUUCGUCUCUCUCUUCUCUUCACUCCGCGCCCCCGCCAUACCCGGCUAGCUUUGGCGUGUUUCUUGGGGGAUUUUAGGCGGUGCUUGGUAGCGUGCGCGCUGCUGCUACUGCUGUAAGAGCUCUAGCUCAUGGUGCCAGGCUACAUUCCUCGGCAGCGCCGCUGCCCAGCCGUCGCGGCGUGAUGGCAAUGAGAGGUUUUUGGAAUCGUUUCUCUUGCGAGCGAGCAAUGAGGGCGAGCUAGUUGUGGCGGCAGCUCCAGAUCUGGGAGAAUAGUUAAGAGUUUUGCUUCCACUCUCCCCACCACUCGGCCAUGACUUCGGGCGCGCGGCUUCCCACUUGGAAGGAGCGGGAGAACAACAAGAAGCGCGAGCGGCGGCGGCGAGCCAUCGCUUCCAAGAUCUUCUCGGGUCUCCGCCAGUUCGGCAACUACAAGCUCCCCAAGCACUGCGACAACAAUGAGGUUCUCAAGGCGCUGUGUGCCGAGGCCGGAUGGGUCGUGGAGGAGGAUGGAACCACCUAUCGCAAGGGUGCCAAGCCCGUGGAGAGAAUGGAAGUUUGCGCGUCGGCCCCGGCGAGUCCAAGCCCGACUUCUUCGUACCAUGGUGGUGGCAGCAAUGGUCACACUCUCACCACCACCACUCCCACCGAGCAAGGCACCACUACCGCGUCCGGCGCCUCCUUGAUACCCUGGCUCAAAGGUCUGUCCGGCACCACCACUCCCACAAGCUGCUUCCACGGCGCCUCAAGCGCUCCAGUCACGCCACCGCUGAGCUCUCCCAAAGGAAGCAAGCCUUUCAGCCUUAACGGUGGAGGUGGUGCCAUAGCUCCAGCGCCUCUCGUCCACGCUCACCAUCCCACGGGUGUCAAGAACCACCAGCAGGCCGAGUGGGACAGAGUCACCAUGGCCGAGCACUGGCUCGACUCCACGACCGGGUAUGGAAACGCGAGCGGGAGCUGGAGCCCGGUGAUCGUCGGACCGGCCAUUCCGAGUCCGUCAGCCGCGAGAGCCAACGUUGUUCGUCCCUGCGAAACUCCCGACGGUUGUAUGACUCCAUGCUCGGACGUUGGUGACUCGGAGCCCAACGUCACGGAGCUCCUCAGCAGAUAUAGCGGUAACAAGAGCGGGAGGUGGAUCAAUGGAAUGCGAGUGGUGGUGAAUCCGAGCUCCGCCGCCGCCGCUGCCGCUGUUAGCGCUGCUCCAAGCAACAACCAUCACGCAAACGUGAGCGUCAACUUGACCGGCCACCACAGUCCCGGGAUUCUCAGUGGCUUUGGCUCCAACAGCAUGGUCCCAACUAUCUCUUCGUCCGGGACCGCGACUCCCACCGCUGGAAGGAGCUAUGGCCAGCACCAGCACCAGCACCAGCACCACUUGGAGCAGCACCACCAUCACUUUGUGGACAGCGGCGGUGGCGGGUGGAUGAAACCAGCGGGAGCAACAGCAGCAUCUUUGCCGCUCGCUUCGUCUGGAUCGGGAUUUCCGACAGCUCCAGCGCAACAGCAGGCGCAGGCUCUGGCCAGCCAUCACUCUCACGCUCAUAUGGUGUUCAACGCUGGCGGCGGCUUUCAUGAGCGUGACAAUAACUUCUACGCCACCAACACUGCCGCCGCCGCUGCUGUUGCUGCUAACACUACCACCCCCAACAACAGUAAUGGCGAUGUGGAUGAGGAUCACCAGCAGCAGCAGCAGCAACAGCAAUGCUCGCCUUGCUCGUCGAGCGUGUGUGGUGUUGUGGUGGAGACUGGCAAGCGGAAGAGGAGCUUACACGAGCUGGACCUGGAGAUGACAAGCUCCAUCACCAGGCUACAAGCCAUGGCUACUAAUGACUCGAAUGCUCCAGGGAGGAACGCCACCAUCUCCGAUCGGCUGCAGCUCACUCUGGCUACUCCUGCGUCUUCCAGCUGACAGAACGCUGCUAUCUCUUCCUAGUCAACUUCCAUAGCUACUUAACCAACGAUGGCAUCGAUAUAACUAAAGAAAAACAUAUCUUGUGUUCCAUCGUACCUAGCUACGUCAAGAAACAAACUCCUCUUUCGCUCU